AUGAAGCAAAUACUUGUGUUGAUUUCAUGUUUUCUAUCGUUUAUCACUGCCCAACUUGACUACACCGAACAUGGAGAUUCAGAAGAAUAUUCGGAUUACAUGAACCAGGCGACAAAGCUCUACGAUGAGCUAUUUACAACGAGAAACUACAACAAAUACUUGUCACCUGUUUACGUGCCGAUGCCUGAAAAUUUCACUGAAAGCCCAAUCCCCCGUCUGCGUGUCAAUAUGGUCUUACGAUAUGUGAAAAUGUUCAAUCUGGAUGCUGAGGGUCAAAUAUUGAGUCUGUGUCUUCAAUUUGUCAUGGAUUGGAGAGAUCCGCGAUUGGCGUGGAAUGAGACGAAAUUCGGCGGAAUCCCGUAUCUUUUCUCGACGCCGGACAUCCUUUGGACUCCGGAUCAACAGUUCGGAAAUGUAAAAUCGCUAGACACGGCUCAUCCAGUGACCGCGAUAUCCGUCAAAAUCUACAGCAAUGGAACGGUGGUUUUACCGCUUGUAUUUUAUGCGGAACUCGCCUGUCCCUUGGAGGUAAGCACAUUUCCAUUUGAUCAACAAGACUGCCCGAUUCCGUUGGGAUCUUUGUCUUAUGAAGUCAAAUUCUCGUACAUGACAGGCAGUGUCAACAACAUGAACGUUGCUAAUCCGGGAAAUGGCGAAUGGCUGGUGACAAACAUCACGAUUGCGCCAUUUAACGUCGAUACUCCGACGCAAACCAUUUGUCCAGUCUUUCACAUCAAGCGUGUUCCUAAUUUCUACGUUUACGUGAUUGCUCUCCCGUGUUUUAUCACGACACUGCUGGCGAUCGUUGGCAUGUUUUGGACGCCCGUUGUCAAGAGUGAACAACUUGUUAAGUUGAGUAUCGGUUUGACUAGUCUCGUUUCGAUGACCGUUCUUUUGGACAUGCUAGCUGCCGCCAUCCCGAAGACUUCCGUUUUCCCACUAUUAGGUAUUUAUGUGCUCUCGUGUAUUUUGGUGAUCUCGCUGGCGUGCAUUCUCGUCAUCAUCUACUCCCAGCCGGAUGUGAUGCGCAAAUGCUCGAUGGCUAAACUGAAAAAGCAAGAGGAGGCAAAAACUGGUUAUCUUCGUGUAUGCGAGCCAGACAUUGUCGUCGACGACGAUUCCGAUGAUGAAGUCGGCGAGGUAACACAUCCGAUCUAUGCCCAAGAUGAU